AUGGGUGUCCCUAAGUUCUUCCGCUGGCUCUCUGAGCGCUAUCCAGCCAUCUCCCAGCUCAUCGCCGAGAACCGCAUCCCCGAGUUCGACUGCCUUUAUCUUGACAUGAACGGCAUCAUCCACAACUGCACCCACAACGACUCGGGCGCAUCCAUCGAGAAGCAUGUCUCUGAAGACGAGAUGUUCAUCAAGAUCUUCAACUACAUCGAGCACCUGUUCGGGAAGAUCAAGCCGCAAAAGCUAUUCUUCAUGGCUAUAGACGGCGUGGCGCCACGGGCCAAGAUGAAUCAGCAGCGUGCGCGCCGCUUCAGGACGGCUCUCGACGCAGAAGUGAACAGAGAGAAGGCGAUCAGAGAAGGGAAGGAGCUGCCGAAGGAGGAUCCAUUUGACUCAAAUUGCAUUACACCCGGAACCGCCUUCAUGGCGCGACUCACACAACAGCUCAAGUAUUUCAUUGCGAAGAAGGUGACCGAGGACAUUGACUGGCAAGGAUGCGAAAUCGUCCUUUCUGGUCACGAAGUCCCUGGCGAGGGUGAGCACAAGAUCAUGGAAUACAUUCGGCAGGCGAAGAGCCAGGCGGACUACGAUCCGAACGUGCGGCACUGUCUCUACGGGCUGGACGCUGAUUUGAUCAUGUUGGGACUGCUUUCGCACGAUCCGCACUUUUGUCUUUUGCGAGAGGAGGUGACGUUUGGGAGGCAGAGCAAGGCGAAGAGCACAGAGCUUGAACAUCAGAAUUUCUAUCUCAUGCAUCUUUGCAUUGUGCGGGAGUAUUUGGAGCUGGAGUUUCAGGAGCUGAAAGAGCCUGGUGGUCUGGGGCCGGUGAAGUUCGACAUGGAGCGCAUUAUCGACGACUUCAUCCUGAUGGCAUUCUUUGUUGGAAACGACUUCUUGCCAAAUCUGCCGCAUUUGCACAUUAACGAGGGAGCGUUGGCGCUGAUGUUUGGGGUGUACAAGAAGGUGCUCCCGGAAGCUGGAGGCUACAUCAACGAGGGAGGUGUGAUAAAUCUGAAGCGCCUGGAGAAGCUGUUGGAUGCGUUGAGCGACGUCGAGUACCGGUUCUUCGAGCACGAGAACCAGGACGCCAACUGGAUCAAAGAUAAGAGCUAUCAGAAAGAGGACGUCAUGCAGAAGGUGAAGAAGAAGGGCGGGCAGAUCGUCAUGACGACAGGCCAGAAAGAGCUGUAUCAGAAGGUGAAGCAAUACGUCAACACCCACGCGACAAGUCUGAGCGAUGACCACGCCCCGUACGACAUGCCUGGCACGUUGAAAGCGGCGGAUCGUGCGUUCAUCGAAGGUCUGGCUAAGAGCCUGCACCUUGACUGCUCGAAUGUGGUGGAUGAUAACGGCAAUCGGCACCUCCAGCUGCAGUUCCCUCAGCGUCCCGAGAUGGAUGAUGAGGACGACGACGAUGAUCCAGAAGCGCAGAAUGCGCUGCUCCGGGUGUUCAAGCAGUACGAUAAGGCGAAGAUCGAGGAUGUAUCUGCAGAAGAAGCGCAGGACAAAGCAAUGCAGAAGUACGAAGCGAAGUUUCAGGGAUGGAAGAACAAGUACUACACGGAGAAGUUCGAGUGGGGCACUGAUAACCAGGUCGAGCUCACUAAGCUGGCGGAGAACUAUGUUCAAGGUUUGCAAUGGGUGUUGUUCUAUUACUACCGCGGCGUGGCCAGCUGGCCGUGGUACUACCAAUACCAUUACUCGCCGAUGAUGUCGGAUGUCAAGAAGGGAUUGGGUGCCAACAUGAAGUUCGAUCUGGGCCAGCCUUUCAGGCCCUUCCAGCAGCUCAUGGGUGUGUUGCCGGAUCGCAGUAAGAAGAUUGUGCCCACAGUCUACUGGGAUCUGAUGACGAACCCGGAGAGCCCGAUCAUCGACUUCUACCCGCGCGACUUCGAGCUGGACAUGAACGGCAAGAAGCAGGAAUGGGAAGCUGUGGUCAAGAUUCCGUUCAUCGAGGAGAAGAGGUUGUUGUCAGCCAUGGCGCCGAAAGACGCCAUGCUAUCAGCCGAUGAGAAGAAGAGGAACGAGUUUGGCGUGAGCUUGAGUUUCACUUACCGGGACAACGUUGACUUCACCUAUCCAUCGUCGCUACCAGGCGUGUUCCCGGAUCUAGAGCACUGCCAUUGCGUGGAGAACAUCUUCGAUCUGCCGACGAUGGACGGUCUUGAGGUGUACGUUGGCCUGGUUCCUGGUGUCAAGCUUCGGGAGGCGGCUCUCGCUGGCUUCCCUUCGCUGCACACCCUGCCUCACACCGGUACGCUGGGCUUCCACGGUGUGAGUGUUUUCCAGCAGGAGACCCGCAAUGAGAGCAUGGUCAUCACGCUUAGUGAAGGUGAAGACAAGGGCACCAUUGCGGACGCGAAAGAGCGUCUCGGCAAGGCUGUGCAUGUCGGAUACCCUUUCCUCCAGGAAGGCAAGGUCAUGAGCGUCAGCGAUGAGAUGUUCACCUACCGGAUUGCGGAUCCUUCUAAGCCAGCAGUGGGCGCGAACGUCAUCCAGACGCCGCACCAGCCGCAAGGCAUCAGUGACUGGAAGAAGAAGGCCAACCGCAUCGAGAGCGUCUACUCCAAGCGUCUCGGCAUGAUGGUCGGCACGGUGGACAGCCUAGUCACAAUCGAAUUCUUAGUCGGUCUUAACAAGACGGAGCAAGGAGCUGUUGUGAAGGAGUACGCGCCCAUCCCAGGAAUGGAGCCGGACUUCGCUACGCAGACGAUCGUCGACCGCGUGGUGAGCGAGGACCGGCGCUUCUUGGAGAAGGAGGCUGUUCCUAUCGCGGAAGAGUUUCCACCUGGCACGAAGGCGUUCUUUCUUGGCGACAUCGCUUAUGGCCGACCACUCGAGGUCACUGGCCAUGAAGGCGAGAAGGCGACAGUGUGGGUCUCGAUGCUCUCGUCACGUGAGCCGGAGUUUGGUUGGGACAUUGCAAUGCAAGCGGAGAAGCAGUUCCCGUACACGCCAAGCUACCAGGUGGCGAGGAUGCUGAAUCUGCAAGGGCUUGUGCUGUCGAAGAUCACGAGUGCUUUCAGCGUCAACUCCUCUGGCCUGCGGCUCAACCUGGGUCUGAACCUCAAAUUUGAAUCGAAGAAGCAGAAGGUGCUUGGCUACUCACGCAAGAGCAUGAAUGGUUGGGAGUACAGUGGGAAAGCGAUCCAGUUGAUCGCGGAAUACAUGCAGCGCUUCCCAGAGUUCUUUGCCAAGAUCGAAGCCAACCCGAAAGGCGAUGGCUGGGAAGACACGUCCUUCUACCCUGACCCAACUGAGGCGAAGCAGAAGAUGAAGGAGAUUGGUGCGUGGUUGAAGACGGUUGAGACGAAGAGUUUCGAGCGUGUGCCUCUUGAGGCCGAGCAGAUGGAUGGCGAUACUGUGAUGAUGAUCGAGCAGGCCGCUGAUCGGAACACGAACGCCAACAUCCAGAUGACCGGCAAGCAAGUCAACAACAUCCCUCGGACCGCUCUGCUCAAGCCAGCGGACGCGGAGCAGAGGACUGGAAAGCAGAGGUUCAAGCUGGGUGAUCGAGUGGUGUACGUGCUUGACUCCGGCCGUGUGCCUAUCGCUAUGCGCGGCACGGUCGUCGGCAUGACUCGCACGGCACGGCAGACGCUUCUGGACGUUGUGUUCGACAGCCCGUUCAUGUCUGGGACGACGCUCAACGACCGCUGUUCGAAAUACAGAGGCAGCACUGUCCCUAGCAGCGCAGUGCUUAAUCUGUCUGAUCGGCAGGUCGUUGCGAGCUCUCAGGCUGCCAGGGCGAGGGCGCCGCAGCAGAACAUCACGCCUUUGCGAGCUGGUGGCGCGUACAAGGCUACUGCCUACGGCACACCAGGCGGUCCACAACUCCGUCAAGCAGACGUCCCAGCACCGCUACGAGGCAGCUUCCGCGGCGCCGUCUCCGGCAUGCAGAACGGCAACCCACGCGGCGGCUAUGCCCCCCACGGCCGAGGCGGACUGGGCAGUCAGCCCAACGGCACGCAGCAGAGCACCCUUCCCUACCACCCCCGCGGCAACAUGAACGGCGCCUCCGCCUCCUUCACGCCUCGCGGUGGCCGCGGCGCGCCGAACGGCGGGUACAGCAGAGGUGGCGGCGGAGCGCCGAACAGGCAGGGUUUCACGGUGAUUGAUAAUUCGGAUCCCGCGCAGGGGAUCGUGAGCAAUAAUCCGAAUUUCCGGCCGCAGAAUUAUUCGAGUGUGCCGCCGCCUGCGGGGUUGGAUGCGAGAGGGAGGGGAAGAGGAGGGUAUAGUCGGGGUGGGACGAGGGGGAGGGGGGAUAGAGGUGGGAGUGCGAGAGGUAGGGGGAGGGGGAGUGGGGAGGCUGUUGCGAGCUGA